CUGUAAAGUGGAAAUCUAGGCAAUAGAAGUGAAGGUUCCGGGGACGCGCGGGGAAUAUACCCAUCCUAAGGAUUCCUCUGUUCUGGAGCUCACUCUCAUCAAAUUCUUCUGAUCCGAGCUCGCUCCCGUACACCACAACUCCCGUAACGCGACACUUCAUUCAUAACCUGAACCGAAAAUAAUAAAGGAGUUGCUGGGCAUUCCAAAGGGAACUAAGGUCACCUUUCCAACCCUCUGGGAUAAUCUGCAAGAUGUCCGAGCAGCCUGUCCAUAGGUUCUCCCAGCCACCGUCAAAGGUGCUCCACAUACGAAAUUUGCCCUACGAAACUACAGAAGAAGAGCUGAGAGAACUAUGUUCCAACUUUGGCCCCAUUGUGCAAACCAAGCUCAAUGUGGGCACAAACAAGAACCAGGCCUUUGUGGAGUUCCCUGACAUGAACAUGGCCAUCCAAAUGGUCUCCUACUUUGCAAACGCCGCAGAUCCAGCCAAGGUUCGCGGCAAGACAGUGUACCUGCAGUACAGCACGCGGCAGGAAAUUGUAAACUCCACUCGCAGCGCAGAGCAGGGAGGCAAUGUCCUGCUUGUGUCCCUGGAAAACUUGGCGCCGGACAUGAAUGUGACGCUGGACACGCUGCACCUGGUCUUCUCUGCAUUUGGCCUGGUGCAGAAGAUCGCCACCUUUGAGAAGGGCCAGGGGUUCCAGGCACUCGUGCAGUACGCUGAUGCUGAGACAGCAGAGCAGGUGCGGCUGGCGCUGGACGGGCGCCACAUCCCCAAGCACCUGCUGAACGACACGCCCAACCCACCCUCCCUCAAGAUCACCUACUCCCAACACACCGACCUCAACGUCAAGUUCCAGUCCCACCGAUCCAGGGACUACACUAACCUGUACCUGCCGGCGGCGCCAGCUGGCGGCGACCCAAACUUGGCGCUCGGUAUCCAGGCCCCCAUCAGCGGCAACCCUCUUGAGGGAAAUGUGCUGUUGUGCCAGAUCGAGAACCAGGCCUACCCGGUCAAUGUGGAUGCGCUGAAUACGGUGUUCUCUCCCUACGGCUUUGUGCAGAAGAUCGCCAUCUUUGACAAGAACGGACAGAGCCAGGCGCUGAUUCAGUACCCGGACCCGCUCAGCGCCACCAAUGCCAAGAGCGCACUGGAGGGCCACGCCAUCUAUGACGGCGGCUAUAACAGGUUGAAGAUCAGCUACAGCGUGCACCGCAACCUCAAUGUGAAGGCCAACAACGACCGCAGCUGCGACUACACGCUGCAGCCUGGCGCCCCCCAGGCCGCCACCCCCGACCACAGCUACCAGCAGGUUCCCCCCAGUCCCCCCGCGUCCCCACUUGCGCCGGUCUUUGUUUCUGUGCUGUGUCAGCAUACAAGAACACGCCGAUGUCUGCCUGAUAGGACAUUGCUGACACACCCCGCACUGACAACAUCACCGCAAGUUGGGGCGUUGCUUAAGUCUGUGAUCAGUGAAUGUCAUUCGGCUUUUUGUAUUCUGCACUGUCUCUUCACUUUCCUUGUCAUGCGAAAUGUCCUUUUCAACACGGAGCUUCAAAUGGACAACUCGCGUAAUUGCUGA